CAGGUAGGUACAGGGGGAGCAAGCGGAGAUUGGUCGGGGUCACAGGCCAGGUUCAGCAGGUAGCUAGCAGCGUAGUACAGAGGGUCAGGCAGAGGGAUGGUCAGGGUCACAAAGCCAGGGAUCAGAACAGGUAGCAGGCAGCGUAGUACAAAGGGUCAGGCAGAGGGAUGGUCAGACAAGCCAGGGAUCAGAACAGGCGGAGUUCAUUCAGAGUCAGGAAUCAAAGCAGGAUCAGGAAUCAGGCAGGAAGCAGACAGGAUGCAGGUACAGGGGCUCAUGGGAAACAUACACCAAGGCACUGACUGCAGGUCUGGCCAU